AUCGCCGAUGGCGCAAAGCUUGAGCAAGAAGCAUGUCCUUGAAGAGGACGAGUAUGUGGAUGCGCUCGACAAGAUCAUUGAGCGCGACUUCUUCCCGGACUUGCAGCGACUCAAGCAUCAAACGAUGUGGCUGGACGCCCUAGCUACAAACAACCGUCGCCUCAUCCAAGAGGUCCGGGAGUACUUGCUCCAUCAGCAGUCGUCACAAGAUGCUUCUCGAAGCAGUUCCCAUCCUGAUUCUGUACCCAAGACUCGAACGCCGUUGCUGGCCACGUCCGAGUCGGCAUGGGACCAACCUACUCCGCCCCGCCAGUCUUCAGACGAAUUGAAUGUCGAUCUUGACGCUGCAGCCGCCGCUACCUCUGUCGAAUCAACAUCCAACGCUACUACCAUCGUCACGACGACGUCCACGAUGACCCUGAACGAAUUCAUCGCCAAACACACAUCCGAAGACAACGCCGCGUUUGAAGAACUGCAGGAGAAAGCCGUGAACGACCACAAGCGAAAGUACCAUUGGGCGUACGAGGACACGGCCAACCGCGGCGACGCCAAGCUCCAUCUCCUGAACGACGGCACUUGGAUCAGCCGAGAGCGCCGUCAGCUCAUGGACAAAGCAUGCGACACCAAACUCGGUACCGCGUUUAUAUGCUCGUUGCCAGAACGUUCUUCGAUUAUUCUUGGGAGCACUCAACGCACAUAUGGACAUAUCUCGCUUUAUCUAGCGCUCGAAGACAGCCGACCUGCGGCGCCAGACACGUGGACAUUUCGUGUGCGUAAUCCACUGCACUUUCCACCAGACUUGGACACGAACCGAAGCAUUUGCAAGGUACCCCCACUGAACGCGCCGCCAUUAUCGUCUGCACUGCUCCAGCUUGAACAUGGGGGCACGGCGCCAACGCUGGGGGCCGCAGGGGACGGCAAUCCGUCGGCUGCCAGCGUCGUGGCCGCCAACGGGACCAAGCGGACGGGGGCUGCGGCGAAACCGCCGAUGGAGACGGUGUACGCCAACUCGCGCUUUCGAACGGCGUUCUUGUCUGCCCAGGUAGGUUGAGUUGAUAUUAUCAUACAACCAAGUUGUAAAGCCACCGGGUGACUUGGCCCUUGCUGUGAUUGAAUGGGCUGCUUGUGUGAAGAUAUGGGAUGGACUCGUGCAUAUCACAACACACAAAAGAGUGGAUGGUUGUGCUCGGUCGUAACAAGAGUCGUGGCGGAAUAGGACGAAAUGAAAGACGUGGAUCCCAUGAAGGAUGAGCUGCAGAAUUUUGUGCCGAUGACGCCCCUGUUGGUGCCAGGGGCGGCGGAUGCUGCGUCGCCCAUGAUCACGUGGGGUAGCAUCGACGCCACGCCCGUGAUCCUCCGAGAGGAUGCCUUGAUCGGUACCGAAGCUCUGCAUGGAUAUCAUCAACUGGAUGGGUUGCCAUGCAUGUGGAAGUAGAUGCUGGACGCAAGACCACGUUUGUGAUCAAGGAUUCGUCUGCAAGAGAAAAGCUAGCACAUGCCAUGGAUGCCAAGAACAAGCAGAGGUCCAAGGCGCGACAGACGCCGACACCUCUGUUCUCUAAAAAGUAUACACCCACGCCUCUCAAAAGCGGCGCGCGGACUCCGUCGUUGAUGUUUGGCAACGACAUGCAGUUGCGAGCGAGCUACUCGACCCCCGCAAGACUCCCACCUCGACCUCCAUCGUCGUCCAAGAGGCCAUGAUGUUGUCCUUAACUUUCACCUUUGCAACCUAUUGUGGUGCCAACGCCAGCGCUGUUGUAUUACCAACUGGUCGGUUGAAAUGUUGGGCGUGUGAUCUUUGUGUCAAACGUUGCCAAGUACAUACAUUGUACGUUGUCGUACAUUGGCAUACAUUAGCCAAGAUAAAUAUUGUACGAAACGUACAGUACAUUCAGUCCCGUUGUCC